AUGGUAUUCUGGGAGAAGAUCGAUAAGCUCCUUAUAGCCCAGGUUGGGCAGCUCGCUCAGCGAAGGCUGGCGAGGGGGGUUAAGCUUAAUCAGGUCGAGGCAUUGGGGUUGAUUGCGAAUAAUCUGCAUGAGUUAAUCCGCGACGGCAACCACAGCGUCGCCGACCUAAUGGACCUCGGCAAAAAGAUGCUAGGCCGUCGCCACGUCCUCCCAUCCGUCGUCUCAUCCCUUCACGAGAUCCAAGUGGAAGGAACGUUUAAAGAUGGUACUUAUUUGGUUACCGUUCAUCACCCCAUUUCUUCCGAGGAAGGGGAUUUGAAAAUGGCGUUGUAUGGAAGCUUUUUGCCCGUGCCGGAUGAUUCUGUUUUUGGACCUGUGGUUGAAGAAGAGGUUUAUGAGUAUGAGAGACAACCGGGGGCUGUGGUGGCUGUUAGAGGGGUUGUGAAGUUGAAUGAGGGGAGGAAGAGGGUGGGGGUUAGGGUUACUAAUAAGGGGGAUAGGCCGGUGCAGAUCGGAUCCCACUACCACUUCAUAGAAACCAACCCACAACUCUCCUUCGACCGUCUCCAAACCUACGGUUUCCGUCUAGACAUCCCCGCCGGAACAGCCGUCCGUUUCGAACCAGGCGACACCAAAACCGUAACCCUAGUAGAAAUCAGCGGUAACCAAAUAAUCCGCGGCGGGAACAACAUCGCCUCCGGAAAAGUAGGAACCCUAACACCAGAAACCAUUCUCGAAAGACUAUCAAAAGGAGGGUUCCAACAUGUCGAAUCCCCAGUUUUGGAUAUUAGUAAUAUCUCAACCGCUAGUAUGGAAAGAGAAGCUUACGCGGCGAUGUUCGGACCUACUACUGGUGAUUUGGUCAGAUUGGGGGAUACGGAGUUGUGGGUUAAAGUCGAGAAGGAUUAUACGGUUUACGGCGAUGAAUGUAAAUUCGGUGGUGGGAAGACACUUAGAGAAGGGAUGGGACAGGCCAGCGGACGUGGGGAUGAUGAAUGUCUUGAUUUGGUGGUGACGAAUGCAUUGGUCGUUGAUAGUACUGGGAUAUAUAAAGCUGAUAUUGGGGUGAAAGAUGGGGUUAUUGUCGGGGUUGGGAAGGCGGGGAAUCCGGAUGUUAUGGAUGGGGUUGAUGCUGGGUUGGUGGUGGGGAGUAAUACGGAUGUUAUUGCGGGGGAAGGGAGGAUUGUCACUGCCGGAGGGGUGGAUUCGCAUAUUCAUUUUAUUUGUCCGCAGCAGAUUACGGAGAGUUUGGCGGCGGGGAUUACGACUUAUAUUGGUGGGGGGACGGGGCCGAGUACUGGGACGAAUGCUACGACUUGUACGCCGAGUAAGACGUAUAUUAGGGAUAUGCUUCAAGCGUUGGAUACAUAUCCUAUCAAUGUUGGUGUUACGGGUAAAGGUAACGAUAGUGAUCCUAAGGGUCUGAGGGAUCAAUGCGAAGCUGGAGUUAUUGGGUUGAAGUUGCAUGAGGAUUGGGGGACUACUCCUGCGGCUAUCGAUACUUGUCUUUCGGUCUGUGAUGAGUAUGAUAUCCAGUGCUUGAUUCAUACCGAUACGCUCAAUGAAUCUGGAUUUGUGGAGUCUACUAUUGAAGCUUUCAAGGGGAGGACCAUACAUACCUAUCACACCGAAGGUGCAGGCGGUGGUCAUGCACCGGAUAUUAUUUCUGUGGUUGAACAUCCAAAUGUUCUGCCGUCGAGUACUAACCCCACACGACCUUUUACAAAGAAUACGUUAGAUGAGCAUCUCGAUAUGUUAAUGGUCUGCCACCAUCUCUCCAAAAACAUCCCAGAAGACGUAGCCUUCGCCGAAUCUCGUAUCCGCGCGGAAACAAUAGCAGCCGAAGACGUCCUCCACGACACAGGAGCAAUCUCAAUGAUGUCAUCAGACUCCCAAGCCAUGGGACGAUGCGGAGAAGUAAUCCUUCGAACCUGGAAAACCGCAUCUAAAAAUAAACUCCAACGCGGCUAUCUAUCCGAAGAUUCUGGUUCCGGAGCCGAUAACUUUAGAGUUAAAAGAUAUAUAUCCAAAUAUACCAUCAACCCAGCUAUAGCGCAUGGAAUGUCACAUUUGAUAGGAUCUAUAGAAGUUGGAAAAUUAGCGGAUUUGGUAUUAUGGACCCCUGGGAAUUUUGGAGCGAAACCGGAGUUGGUGGUUAAAAGUGGGUUUAUUGCGUACGCUCAGAUGGGGGAUGCGAAUGCUAGUAUUCCGUCCGUUCAGCCGUUUUAUGGGAGGGAGAUGUUUGGGAGUAGAGUUCCUGCUAAGAAAAUUAUUUGGGUGAGUCAGAGGAGUUUGGAGAAUGGAAGUGUGGAGGGUUAUGGAUUGAAGAGUAGGGUUGAAGGGGUGAAGGUUUGUAGGGGCAUUGGGAAGGGGGAUAUGAGGUUUAAUGAUUCGAUGCCGAAGAUGAGGGUUGAUCCGGAGAGUUAUGUUGUGGAGGCGGAUGGAGUGAAGUGUACGGCUGAACCGUCGGCGGAGUUGCCGUUGACGCAGGGGUAUUUCUUGUUUUGA